AUGGAUUCAUGUGUUGAAGCUGCAUCAGAUUCGAUUCUGCACUUACCUGACGCACAACAACAGCCCUUGUUCUCUGCUUGGUUGCCUCCUUCAGUGGGUUUAUGUAAAAUUAAUGCAGAUGGGGUUCUUUUUACAUCACGAAAGCAGGCAGGCAUUGGUGUUGUAAUAAGAGAUGGUGAAGGCAGAUUACUGGCAGCAUUAUGCAGAAAAAUCAAAGCCCCUUUUAUGGCACUUGAAGUUGAAGCUAAGGCCUAUGAAGCUGGUAUGUUGCUAGCAAGACAUUUGGGGUUGCGAGAUGGGGUGUUGGAAGGCCCUGAAAUUGGUGUUGUUAAUUUUUCUCAUGUGCGCAGGAUUGGCAAUAAGCCAGCCCACAUUCUAGCAAGACAAGCUCAAAACCUUGUCAAUGAUGUAAUUUGGAUUGAAGAGAUUCCUUAUUGUAUUCAGCAAGCUCUUAUCUAG